AUGGUGUCGAUCGUGGUUGUUCUGGGGUCACAGCCGGCGCUUGGUAGGCUGCUGGAUGUCGAGGACUUCGGCCUCGUGGCGAUGGUCGUGGUGCUAACCAACUUUGGCAUGCUCUUCGUCAACGCUGGCCUACCGAUGGCGACCGUCCAGAGGGACGAAAUCACGCCGCAGCAAGUCACCAACCUGUUUUGGAUAGCAACCGGCCUCGGGACGCUGAUUGGGCUAAUCGUCGCUGCCUUGGCACCGGCGAUUAGCUGGUUCUACAGCGAACCACGCCUAACGCCAAUCACGCUGUCGCUUGCGGCGUCGUUCGUGUUGAACGGUAUGACGAUCCAGCAUCGCGCUCUCCUGCGUCGGACCCUACAGUUUCGUCAAGCCGCCUAUAUCCAAAUCGCGGCAAUUGUUCUGGCGCAGGUGGCCGCGAUUGCGUGGGCGUACUGGCGAUACGGUAGGCCCGACGACUAUUGGGCCUUGGUCCUCAUUCCGUUAGUGACUUCUGCUGUCACGUUGAUCGGAAGUUGGAUAGCCUGCGAUUGGCGGCCGAGCAUGCCACGUCGCGGGGCUGGAACGAUGCCAAUGCUCUCGUUUGGCGCCAGCCUCACGGGAUUCGACUUCAUCAACUAUUUCGCCCGCAACGCCGACAAGGCGUUGAUUGGCUGGCGGUGGGGAGCCGAGCCGCUCGGGCUCUACAAUCAAGCCUAUCGGCUAUUUCUGACACCGCUCACGCAAGCGGUGAGUCCGGUCGCCUCGAUCGCUGUUCCGGCGUUGAGUCGGCUGACUGAGUCACCUGAGAGGUAUCGGAGUGCGUACAAGCGGAUCGUCCAGCCGCUGCUGCUCGUCCUCGUUCCGGGGGUGGUGCUUGGGCUCGUUUACGCCGAAGAGGUUAUUGCACUGCUGGGUGAUAAAUGGACCCCUGCCGCUCCGAUUUUUCGUUGGCUGUUACUGGUGGGUCUAGUCCAACCCUUUACGAACGCGGUGAGUUGGAUCAUGUUCUCGCACGGUCGAGGCCGUGAGAUUUUGACGCUCGGAACGGUUGGGGCGAUCGUCAAGGUGCUAUCCUUCCUUGUUGGCCUUCCGUGGGGACCGGUAGGCGUCGCCAUGUCUUACGCCGUAUCGGGACUUAUCGUGCACACCCCCAUGGCGGUCUGGUACGUCACUCGAGUUGGGCCCGUGUCGUGGCGCGACCUGGUCGGCUUGUUCCUGAACGUCAUUCCUACGUGCGCGGUUGUCUUGGUAGCGGCCGCGUCGGCUAAGCAGUGGCUCUACUUAGGCAACUCUCACACCGCCUUGUUGACGGGAAUGGCAGUGUCGGGGUUGGCGUGGGUGGCGGCUGUCGCCUUUACCGAAGCUGGGCAAUACACUUUCAGCGCUCAAGCCAACUCAGCUGCCAUGUUGUCCUUCGUCAAGCGUAUCGUCCGAUGUGUCAUUUCCGGCGUAGAUGCGUUGGCGAUGCGCGCGGCCGUGCGUGUGAAGUACCUUUCCAAUGUGUACUACUGUUUCAAUCGAUCGUUUGAGCGCGAGCAUCAUGGUGUUUUAACAGGGCGUCUCCGUUACCAGAGCGGCGAGAACGGACUCUCGGACACCGGGCAUCUCUACCGGCUCCGCCGCAACACGCACCGCUUGGAGAAGGGCCUUAUCAUGCGGCCGCGCCGUGAGGUGUUCGCACGCGACUAUCUGGCGGAGACGGUCGAGUCUUUUGUCUCGUUGUACGGCGAUCGAUGCGGACGCCGAGAAGACGAGCUGUUCGCCUGGAGCGAUUCGGUGCUGCGCUCGUAUUUCGCGGCGGUAGCCGAGGGCCUCGAUAAAGAGAUCGACGCCUCCCGGCGUUCGUUCUUCGCAGCGACAAACUCAACGCCGACGAGGCCUCCGUCUCACUCGCCCUACCAGAGAGAGACAACGCCGCUCCUAGUCACCAUCGAGGGCAUGCUAGAGCUUGCCAAGCGACGCCGAAGCGUCCGAUGGUAUGAUCAACGGAAGGUGCCAAGAGACGUAAUCGACGCCGCGAUUACAGUCGCCGGCUAUUCGCCAAGCGCUUGCAACCGACAACCAUUCGAGUUCCGCAUCUUCGACGACCCCGAGAUGGUCGCCGAACUCGCUACGACGCCUCUGGGAACGAGUGGAUUUAACCAUCAGUUUCCAGUCUUUGUCGUCCUCGUCGGGGUUUUGCACGCUUAUCCGAUGGAGCGCGACAGGCACCUGAUCUACAUCGACGGGUCGUUGGCGGCGAUGGCGUUCCAAUUCGCGUUGGAGUCGCAAGGCGUCGCAAGCUGUUCGAUCAAUUGGCCCGAUAUCGCUGGCCGAGAACGUCGGAUCGCUCGUCUGCUUGGCCUCCAGCCCGACGAGCGUGUCGUGAUGUGCCUCUCGCUUGGCUACCCAGACCCGACGGGGCUGAUACGUGGCGCGGGGUUCAAUAACAAGGGCGCGGAGUUGAUGCUCCGCACGACGGUCGAUCGGAUGCGCCGCCGCUCCGUGCCGACCGAGUGCGUUAUCGACGGGACAUCCAGUUCGCUCUACGCGGACCGCUCGGCGCUGGGCGUCGGAACGGUGUUCCCAUGCCAAACCUUUCUCCGUGGCGCGGCCCGCAGCCUCGCACUACGAUCGCCCCUUUUCCGAGCGGUCGCCUUGUCGUCGAUGCGUUGGUCGAUUCCUCGUUCAGCCUCAUCGAUCCUGGGUCUCGUCGACCGUCGCGACUGCGCCGCGCUGCUAGACAUCUCGGGCUACGCCUACGGCGAUAAGUUCCCUGCUGUGCGGACCCGCGUCGCAGCCGAGACCGCGGGCGAAUACGCCAAACGAGGUAAGCCCGUCAUUUUUAUGCCGCAGAUGUUUGGGCCCUUCAACCACCCGAAAGGGGCGGCCUGGUUCCGACGGGCCGCCGACCAUGCAACGCUGAUUUACGCCCGUGAGCAACGGUCGCUGGAGAUGGUCCAACAGCUGCUGGGCGAUGACAAACGAGUGAGGAUCGCUCCCGAUAUUACUAUCGCCAGCUUGCCCGCCACGCCGGAUGCCGCUGAGGGAAGCGAGCCCUAUGCCUGCGUGGUGCCCAACGAACGGAUGGUGGAACAAGGCCGAGCGGAGUGGGGUGACGCCUACUUAAGCAGACUCCGUCACGUGCUCGAGCGGGUGGCGGCCGCAGGACUGCGCCCCGUCCUCGUAAUCCACACCAGAGACCCGGGAGAUCGUGAGAUGGCGGAGGCCCUUCGGUCAGAGAUCGGAGAGGAUAAGGUGGGCCUCUUUGACAGCCUCGAUCCCUAUGAGUUGAAAUCAUUCAUCGGGGGGGCCCAGUUCAUCGUGGGUUCCCGCUUCCACAGCAUCGUCGCCGCCUUCUCGAUGGGUGUCCCCGCGGUCAUCCUUGGUUGGGCCCAUAAGUACGAGAUGCUGGCGGCCGAUUUCGGCGUUGGGGAACUGCAGCACCGCGGCGCCGACACGAUCGACCACCUGAACUCACUGCUGGAUCGAAUGUUGGAUGCCCAGCAGAAUCAGCAACUGCGUCAAACCCUCUCGGCGCGGGGUACGCUCUUGCGUGAACAAGUGGAGGCGAUGUGGCGCGACAUCAACGCGACUCUGGAUCGGGCCGGUUCGUAG